AUGGGCCCCAAGUUUGGCAAAUUAGCGGUUGCUAUGACAUCAGGAGAAGGCUCCGCAGGCUUUGCGAGCUUCAAAGGUGUCUCGACCGGCUUCUGCAGGGUCGCAGGGGUUGAAUCCUUGGAAGAUGGAGCGAAAGUGAUCAUUGUGACAGUGAAGGAGAAGACACCCAUGGCACAUGCCGUGACCUUGUUUCGGCUCUGGUUCACUGCUAUUCUAGAAGAUUUGGUGUAA